UGUCUCCCGGUUCCUUUGUGUGUACCUAAUGUUUCUCUUGGGGUUUGCAGCAGCUCUUUCCUCUUUGAGCGACAAGUGUUCUGCAGAAAAAUCAUGCUUCUACCAUGGCUUAGGCAGAGCAGCAGCAGAACUUUUCAAACUCACCCUCGGUCUCGGAGACCUGGCGGACCCUGAGUCUUCCAGCUAUCCUGAUCUUUUCCGGCUUCUCCUGAUCGCCUACGUGACCCUGUCCUGCAUCCUUCUCUUAAACUUGCUGAUCGCACUAAUGACACAGACAAUCAACAGUGUGUCUGAGGAAAAUGAGAAAAUAUGGAAAAUGCAGAGAGCCACCACCAUCCUGGAUCUAGAAAGGUGUUUGCCAAGAUCCUGGCUGCGUAGUUUUCAAAGAACAAGAAUUCAAUCCAAUAUGUUUGUUGGAUGGAGCCGUUCUAAUAAGGAAGAUCGAAGAACCUGUUUACGGGUGAAUGAAGUGGGGCAACAGAACAACUGGACAAGAAAGGUCAAGGGGAUUAUUGAGGAUCUCAUCCCAGCACCUACAGAAGCACCAGAUGCAAGCACAGGUGUGGAGGAUAAAGACAAACUGGACAAAAUCACCUCCCUCCUAUGAAAGAGAAAGGCCGGAAGGUUCCUGCUUGCUGAUGGCCUCAGGCCCCAGAGACAUCUGUUAUUUCUGCCUGGGCCUCAAGUUUUCUGGGAAAGGUUCGGCCACCAGUGGCCUCAUUCUUCUUUUCUCAUUCAAAUAAUACAAUAUAAACCAGGCCUUGGGAAGGUGGACCCCGUGAAUAUUUACCCAGAUCAGGCUCCUGUCUUGUAUUUGUACUCUCUAUUGACUUACUCAACUGAACUUGGCAUACGUGGGGUUGUGCAUGCUUUUGUUGCUCAGGAUUCAUUGUCAGUGACCUAGGGCACCGUAAAAGAAUAAUCAAUGGUAAGAUGAGGAAAUGCCAGAGAGGGAGUCAUUGCUUCGUAACACAAUUUUUUUUAAAAUCCCAAUAAAUUGUAAUUGUUUAUUUUCCCAA